CAGCCUAGCUCCGCAGGUUAUCGUUUGAGAGUAGAGGAGGGAGGCAAGGGAAUCCCCCGUACUUGUAUGUUAAUACGAGUAAGAUAACAUGAAUUCCUCUUUGUCUACCACGUCUUGUGUUCUUCUAUCCACACGACAAUCCUCUUACCUCGCCACUUGUCUUCCUCUUACAACCCUUCUUCUUCUCAUCCUUUCACAAGCCAGAAAACUAUAAUCUCCAUCAUUUCUUCAUCCCAAAAAAAACCUCUCAAAAUUUCACAUCUUUUUCUUCAUCUUAAUAAUGUCAGGUGGAGUUGGUCCAACCUGUGAUAUAACCUUCCCAAAAGAAGAACAAACCCUUGAAACAUCCCCAAAUAUAACAUCAAAAACCCCCAAAAAAACUGGCAAAAUUUUCUUCUUAUCUUUACGCCAGUUAAACUGUUUAGUCAUUAUGAUUGUAUUAGCUGCUAGUGGUAUGGUUAGCCUUGAAGAUUUUGGUGUUUUUAUUUUUUCUGCUAUUUACAUGUUCUUUCUCUCCAAGUUUGCCUUCCCUACAAAAAUCCCUACCAUCCAACAAAAACCCGUUUUCGACCCGAAUAGCAAGAUUCUUGGGUUUUACAUCUUCUUCGCCGCGGUGAUCGGGUUGUUUUUACCCAUUUUGUAUAUUUCUCAUGGUAUAUUAGAGGGUGAUAAAGAAGGGAUCAAAGCAGCUGCUCCUCAUGUUUUUUUACUAGCAAGUCAGGUUUUUAUGGAAGGUGUUUCGGUUUCGGAUCGGUUUUCGUUGCCUAUUCGGGUUUUUAUACCCGUAUUUUUUAACUCGUGUAGGUUGAUCACUCUGAAAGAGUGGCUUAUAGAGGAGAUGAUGAAGGGUAGUGAAGGUAGGAAUGGUGGGUCUUGUGCUAGGUUGUGGGUUGGAAGAGCUCUUGCUGUUGCGAAUGUUACUUUGUGGUCUUAUAAUUUGUUUGGGUUUUUGUUGCCUGUUUAUCUUCCUAGAUCAUUUAAGAAAUAUUACUCUGGUAAUGGUUCAACUACUACUUCCAAGGAGGAUUGAGAGAUGUCAAAAACUGACCCGACUCGGAAUUUGGCGGGUUGAACUCAGCCUGUUUGUGAUCAACCCUUCCGGUGUGGUCCGUAUAUGUAAUGUGUUGUACAGUUUUUGCAAGCUGAUAAUUUGUAUCAUAGUACGAGUAGCAGAAUCAUAUCCCAAAGAAAUAGGCUUCGUUUGGCGUAUGGGAGAAAUUAGACUGCUUAAUUUGUAUGUAUAGUUUUAUGCAUAUUUUUAGCUAUUCAAACUUUGAUCUCACACAUUCCAAAAGAUAACAAACUUGGAAUGAAAUUAUCACUUAAGGUGCAUAUUAAAGAUACUGAUUGACAAA